AUGCCCUACGAGAGACGUUCAACCCUCCACCAGCCCUCAGGUCCUGUAGCCGCGGAAGCUCUCCCAGUCAAUGAGAACAUAAUGGCAAUGGCAGAAUAUAGCCCGAGCAAUUCAUUGGCAACAAUAGGGGCAGGACAACCCAAGUCCUAUAUUGGCGCGGGCUUUCAAGAAGGCAUUGCUGAAAGUAUCUCUAUCGAUGUGCUAGACAGGACGGUUAGCAAUCAAUUGCGUACAAUGCAACUGCCAACCUGCGUCCAGAAUAACAACUUCCCAUCGACCUUAGAGGACGCAGUAUAG